AUGACGCAUUUGUACGACCCUGUUCGUUGGAUAAAAUCCGAUCCGAUGCCGAGGAUGGGCAGUCAACACCUCUACUCAUCAUCAUCAUCAUCAUCAUCAUCACCACCCUCGCCGCCGCCGACGGCAUUCAUCGAACCCUUCCAGCACACCAUGUGGCGCAGAGCGAUUCCACCCAUCAAACUUCUCGGUCCUCAUGAAUCUAGCUUCCGUGAACCGGACAUAUUUUUAGUGGUGACGGCGACACUUUUCGCGGAGGUUCUUUGGGUGUGGAUGGAAAAGCGUUGGGUUGAGCGUGAAAAGAACAACCAGAAGAAGAUCGCCGCAUUCAAGGCGAAGCUAAAGGAGGUUGAAGAAGCCAAAGCGAAGAAGGAGAAGGAAAAGGAACAGAAGUGA